AUGGGACAGACAUCGUCCACGCAGCGAGAUCAACGGCCAGAACACCCCUCACGAGCUUCUCUUUCCUCCCCCCAUCACAGCAAUGGCCACAGCGGUACUCUGAACGCUCAAGAGAUGUCGGAUCGAUCGGUGGGCGGCCAGCCCCCUCACGAUGAGGGGUUUGCGUCGAACUCAAACAACAUUUUCAACCUGAUAACAGAUCCAUCGUCAUCAAAUACACCUAAUCCAGGUUUCAACGACACCACGAUGUCAAACAGUACCUCCAGCUUCUCACAUGACCUUCGAACGCUCCCCGAACCCGUCCAACAGGCACCUCCCCGCAGCACUUCAGCAGCUUCGCGUCUCUUAUCAAGAAGACAGUCUACGAUGUCUAGGCUAGGAACACGCAUUCUCCCGAACUCUGUCAUACGAGGUCUACUCAAUAGUGAGGAAGAAACUGCAGCAGAGGGACUUGCACAUCGAAAUGGUCGGAUUAUGAGACCUGUUCCCAGAACUGAGGUUAUCCACAAUCCCAGUCGGUUUUCACCGUUCAACGCUCUAGGAUCCCGUGGUAUUAGCCGACGGCGCUCAAUACGCGGGCCCUAUCCUCUCCCACGAGGUGAUUCAGCCCUGAUUCCCGAUUCGCCUCCUAAUCCAACCUACGUCAACCCAGCCGUCAGUAACGUCGCUGCUUCAGAGAGAGGGUGGCGUCGUAGCCCACGUCUGAGUCGAGUUCGAAAUUCACUAUCCACACCCAUUUCUCACAUCUUCGGUGCAGCCCCGACCUUGCCAGACCCGGAGGAGACGAGAAUCCCACCACAACGGCCGUUACGUUCGAGCGUCACAGAGGGCAUGGAUCAGUUACUCCCCUCAAUGGACCCGAUGGACAUGGGUAUGGAUUUGGAUGUAACUCCUACGUCUGAUUCAGCGCAACACUCUGUGACUGAUUUACAACCACUCUCUUCGAUACCUCUUCCCAGAACGUCACAAGGUUCAGGGCCUGGUCCCAUUCGGCGUCUUCCCGGUAUUUUACGCACUCGCUCUUCGCGACUUCCGCGCCGAGAGGAGCAGACGCCACUCUCCCGCGUAUUACAAGUAGCCGCAGCUGCAAUCGCGGCCCAGCUCUCUGGAAACACGACCCCUACGCUUCCUAACAUUGAGUCACUUGGUAACGAAGGAUUUGACGCAUCGUUAGAGAGUCUUUUCCAGAGUUUACAACAAGCUACAUCAGCUCAAGACAAUCAGAUGGACUCUUCGGGAAAUCGCAACGCUUCCCAGCCGGGUGCUCCAACUCCUUUGAACUUCCUCCGAGUUUUCCGCUUCUCUAAUAGCGAUAGUCCAGCUGGUCGAAACGCAAGUCGUGGAAAUGAACAGAUGGACAUGGAGGAUGGUGGUGAGGAAAAUACAGAAGGUCGGACUGUCACCUUAGUUGUUGUAGGAGUCCGCUCUGUUCCGUCCAACGGACCACUCGGUAAUCCUCAAAAUGGCGGGGGCAUUGGUCUAGAUGCACUCCUCGGUCUGCCACAUCUUCCUCCGAUUAAUGGCAAUACUACCCAGGAAGGAGGUAAUCUCGGCAACCAUGCAUCUAGAGUACCAACCUCACAUUUCAAUAAUGGAGGCGUUAGCUCUUCUACGGACAAUUUGAACAGCGGACAUUCUCGUCCAUCAUCAGGCAUUUUCCGAAACCCGUUGGAACCAAUUUCUCCAGCGCUUCCAAGUGUGCUAGGGGACAGCCCUCCUGGACCAUAUCCUCCACCUUCCACUCCGGCUGAGGUACCUACUACAUUAUCUUCUGGAAACUCCACCCCCAACCGCAGGCCAUCAUCCGCAUCAGCCAUGUCUCCAAAUUUCUUACCUCAGGUCCAUGAAGAACCGCUACAAGAAUCUACUCAAUCCGAAUCGUAUCCUCCUACUGCUGGCAGUGGUGUACGACAGCGACGCCGCAGUGACUCAGAGUUUGCUCGCCAUCGUCAGUUCGGUUCAGGAUCAUCCAGGCGUCAUGGUGUCGUGGAACCUGAUCAGCCCACACCAUCUGGAGGCCGUACCUGGGUCAUUUACGUUGUUGGUACCAAUCUCUCGGAGAAUCACCCAGCUUUUGCGACUCCGAGCUUGUUCACUGAUAACCCGACUUAUGAAGACAUGAUUCUUCUCUCAUCCCUUCUUGGUCCCGCGAAACCCCCUGUAGCUACGCAGGCAGAUGUCACCUCAGCAGGUGGACUCUUCCGCCUUGUUGAGUAUGCUGGAUUUCUAGUAGCAGAAGCUCUGGAAGGCGAACAGACAAUUAAUCUUGGCGAAACCGAGAGGUGUUUGAUAUGUCUCAGCGAUUAUGAGGCCGCAGAAGAAGUCCGGCAACUUACAAAGUGCAAGCACCUUUAUCACAAGGAGUGCAUAGACCAGUGGUUGACUACCGGACGAAAUUCUUGUCCUCUUUGCCGUGGUCAAGGAGUUACAGAGUCUUCUUCUAGCUCAAAUCCUGCGCCCCCUCAGGAAGCAUCUGCCUAA